AUGGAUGUGGUGGCAAUAAAUCCUGCCACGUCUCUCGGCCAACUCCUGCAGCCUGGAUUGAAUGCCAGCUGUGCAGUGUUGAAAAAUCUGCUGGAAGGGUCGAGAGACACACAUGAGUACUAUUGGUUGGGGGCUGUGCACGUCAAAGAUGUUGCCGAGGCACAACUGUUGCUGUUUGAGACACCUAAUGCCUCGGGUAGAUAUCUCUGCACCAAUGGUAUCUAUCAGUUCAGCGAUUUUGCGGAGAAACUGUCAAAACUAUUUCCUCAAUUCCCAGUUCACAGAUUUGAUGGCGAGACGCAGCCGGGACUGGUGGCUUGCAAAGAUGCUGCAAAGAGACUGAUUGAUUUGGGUUUAAGUUUUACUCCAGUUGAAGAUGCUGUCAGAGACACAGUAUAUAGCCUUAAAGCAAAAGGAUUCUUGCCAUCAUUUUAA